GAGUUGAAGGCUGCCAAGACGGCCGGGACCAGCAAGGUCGUCAUGAAGGAGGCCACGUGGACUCCACUGAGCCGUCAGGCUUCUUCUUCUGUGACGGGCAGGUCCAACUCCCGACCCACGAAGGAGUCCAAGAAUUCACCGGAAGAGUCGAAGCGGCCGUCUUCAACGCCCAAAGCUCGAGUGGCACAGCAGGACAUGCGGAAGCCAGCAGACGAGGCGCCGCAAACGAAGCAGUGCUCCGCGCGGCCAAGCUCAGCGACAGCGCCGCGUGGCCAAGCUCAGCGGGCAGCGCCGCCGGAGAAACUGGCCAAGCGGGCAGCGUCACCAGAGAAACCGGCGAAGCAGGUGGCAUCGCCGCCGGAGAAGACUGCGAAGCGUGCGGCAUCGCCGGAGAAAGCGGCAAAGCGGGCGGCGUCGCAGGAGAAGGCAGCGCCAGCAGUGCCAGCAGCACCUGCAUCGACAGCGUCUCCUGCAACGUCGUCGAGGUCCAAGUCAUCUCGGGUCCCACCUGGAGAACGGACCGGUUCUCCUCAAAGACCCGGGCAUCGACCAGGCCAAAGUCAUGAAAAAGAGAUGGAAAGCUUACAAAGCCUGAGGAGCAUGGGCGGGAUUCGACUCGCCGUCGCCCCAGCGGUCGGCGGCGGAGCUCUUUGGGGAUGA